AUGGAGGGGCUUCUGCCCAGCUCGCUCUACGCCGGCGGCCUCCGGCCCGGCCUGGCGCGUGGCGCCCUCGCGCGGGAAGCCGAGGUCAUAGCUCCAGCUCGCACGGCGACACCGAGGAGGAGCAAGUCCCUUACGCGGUGGGAGACAUUCAAGUUCUACCUUCGGACCUCCGCCAUCGUCCGAGCCUGCCGGUCCUUCCUCGGCCCGGGAAGGAGCAAGCGUGGCCGGGCGGAGAGGACGGGGCAGGUGACGACGCCUGAGAUGAUGGAACUAGAGGCCAACCCUCCGCAGAAGAUCGCGAUCCUCUGCACGGACGAGUGCAACUCCCGCCACCUCAAGGAGAUCGAGAUGCUGAGCCGCGCCCAUGCGGUGAACGGCGAUCACAUUUUCACCUCUGGCUCUGUGGAGGCAAAUGCGGCGGUGAUCAAGGGUGCGCUGCGGGGUGGACAUCCGGAACACCUCACGGUGGUGCUACCGCAAACCGAAGCGCAGCAAGAGCGAAAGCUGCGCCAGCUGAUCCCAACGUGCGUCGAGGCGGGGGCUCACGUCGUCUCCAGCCCUGGGCACAGCUCCCUGCGUUUCGAGGAGGCCGCGCACUUGUGCCACCAGACGGUGCUAGGGAAAGUCGAUCAGCUAGUGGCCUUCUUGCCGCACCCGGAAUCGGAGGACGGCAGCCUAGUCGAUGAGGCCGCUGGGAUGUCGGCGCUGGCAGUGGAGGCCGGCAAGUCUUCACUGCCACCUCCCCAGGCGAUCAAGCAGCUACUGCCGGACCUGAAGCUCUUCUGCAAGGAGGGGCCGGGUCUGGGAAAAGGGCGCUUUCCCGCACGCUGGCUGCCAGCUUAUGGUCCCGGGCCGGGCGGUGUCAUGCCCGUGCUCAACGACGAUGCCGCGAAGGCGGCCAUGCUGACGCCGGCGCAGUCCCUCCAGCUCUUGGGGGUCUUGGACCAUCCGAAGAGCCACUUCCCCUCAGCAGCGCGCCUGCAGGCCAAAGACGCCCGGGUUAUCGCUGCCCUCGGGGUACUUCGACUCAGUGACCCCGCCGUGUCCCUGCAGACCAGGAUCUCUGGCGAGCCCAAGCUCGUGCCCGGCUCGGGCCAAAGAAUUGGUCUGGUGCUGAAGCUGCUCUGGCGCUCUGCGGGCAAAGAGUUUGCCACAGGGCAAGUGGAGGUGUCGCUGCGCAAGUGCGAGGCAAUUGGCCGAGAGUUGUCCCUCCACAGCGGUGAGAAGGCCUCGCGCAUGGAAGCCUUCGCCAUCUGGGGCGACGCCGACCCUGACGACAAGUCGCGCUCGGACCUGCUAGUGGCUGGCGAUCCUGACGACUAUGUCGCAGAGGUUGAGGAGCUCUUCGAGUCGAGGUUUGAGAUGGUCUUCCGAGCUUGCGAGACGCGCCCGGCCAAGGUCUUGCGCCUCCUGCGGCAUCUGGAGAGCGAGAAGGACUUCAACAAGUUCCUGGCACGAGACUUCGCGGGCGUGCUCGAGCAAGAGGAGUUGGAGAGGAGAAAGUCCGAGGCCAAAGCCAGAGUGGCAGAGCAGGCGGCCCAAGCGUCUCGGGCGGCCGACGCCGAAGCCGCAGCACGGCGGGCUGCUGCGGAGGCCGCGGCUGCAGCGCAGCAGACGCAGGCGGAGGCCGCACGCCAGGCGGCCAAGGACGAGGCGGCGCAGGCGGCAGAGCGUGCGCGCCAGGCCGAGGUGGCCGAGUUCCUCGAGGCUGCCAAGGCCGCCAAGGCCCGGCGCGAGGCCAAGGAGGCCGAGGCCAAGGCAGCGGAGGCCAAGGCUCCGACCUUCGUCCCGGCCUCGGUGCAAGCGGUUCCUGCGGACGCGUCAGCACCAGAAGCUUCGGCACCAGCAGCACAAGCAGUUCCUGCAGCGCCAGCUGCAACGCCUGCAAAGGCCAAGGCGAGAGCCACGAUGCAUGGAAUGGUGGUGGCUGCUCGCUUCCCGAUCAAGCCAGCGGUGGCCUUACAUGCCAGAGUCGUCGUUGUUUGA